AAACUGACAGUUCUUUGUUUUAUGGAGCAUUAAUAUUUAAAAACUGACAGUUCUUUGUUUUGAGGAGCGUUAAUAUUUAAAAGCUUUGCUGUUCGAUCUGAAAAGAACAUCAGACUUCUUCUCCCAUUAAGUGUUCAUGUUAAGGUCAAAAUGGUGAGCCAAUACUCGAUUAACCCGACCGAAGAAUGGAUGCUCUCUGGAGGGAGCAGAGAUCCGACAGUUCUGGGGCCUGACGAGGAGAACAGAGCCCUCGGCAUCGCCACCCGAUUCGGCUACGGCCUUCUCGUCCCGGCCAUCCUCAUCUUCGAGUCCGUGGUCACCAUCCUCAUCAACGGCAGGAACCCCGAGCUCAAGAAGAGGUGCUCCAGAAUCUUCGUCAACAACCUGGCCAUCAGCGGGAGCUUCAUAGGCCUAGUGUCCUUCGUCGUGACGUUCUUCGUCAUAGACAGCUUCCGAGACAUUGCGGUUUCUUGCAACCUGGAGAUACUGCCUUUCUACUGGACGCUGACCUACUUCCACAUGGUAUCCGUCACGUCCCUCUUGUGCCUGUCCUUCGACAGGUACCUGGCCAUCUGCUGGCCGCUGCGCUACCACGAGUUCCUGACGAACGCGCGCUGCAGGAACAUGGCCGCGGCCUGCUGGAUUCUAUCGCUGGCGUGUCUGCUCGUACCGACGCUGUCGAGAUACAUCAAUCUCGUAGCUUUCCAGAACAAGGUUCUUACUUCCUCCAGCGACUUCUCCAUCAUCAUGAGGAGCCCAGUGGCCACGGACUGUCAGGCGAGGGCGAACAGGACGACCCGAGAGAUGGAACUGUGGCUGACGUGUCGCAGAACGUUCACCAUCAGCUUCGGGGUGAGCUACUUCUUCUCCCUGUUCCUUAUCCUGUGUAUGUACGGCCUCGUCAUGAGGGAGUUCUGCCUGCUCAAGAGCAGGAUGCACGCCACGACCUCCAUGAAGGAGGAGGACCAGAGGGCCAGGAUCAAGAGCACCAGGGAUCUCAUACUCGUGGCUACGCUGUAUCUCACGUUGUCACUGCCGCAUGUCAUACUCAAGGUCAGUACAAUCGAAUGGACGCCAGUGGACUACUUGAAGAACACCCACCAGGUAACGAUCUUCCUGGCGGUCAUCCACCAAAUCCUCUUCUUGCCCCUGUAUGCCUGGAGGUUCCCCGAGUUCCGGAAGGAACUGUGCUCCAAGAGAUUCUGGAAGUCCUGUGCCUGGCCCUGUGGCGAGGCAUUUGGAGAGCAGUGCCCUUCGGUGGACAGUCCUUCCUGGUCACUCAAAGCAUCAGCGUCCACCAGCACGGCCACGUCUCAGGCGUUGUGUGUGUAAUUCAACUUGGAAAACAUGGAGUUUCCUCAAGGGUUAAAACGACUUGGAAAUGGUGGAGCUUCCUCAAGGGUUAAAACGACUUGGAAAAGGUGGAGCUUUUUCUAGGGUUGAAACGACUCGGAAAAGAUGGAGCUUCCUC